ACCAAGCACUCUCUGGCGCCUCCAAAUUGAAGACAGCAGCUACGGAACUGAUGUAAUGGGUUGAAUCAGCCUCAGCCGCGAAAUGCCGACUAAUCACAGGCACUUCCGGUAGCCUGGACAAAAGGUUUGAAGUCCCUGGGACCGCACUUCCGGGUAAUUAAGGCUACGCUUUAGACGCCAGGGCCAGCGAGUCGGAGCCGCGUGACUCGGGUGCCGCGACUCCGCAUGCUCCCGCCCCGGCGCCCUCUUUCUCGCGGGCGGGGCGGGGCACUGAAGGGGGCGGUCCAGGACCCUGACUUGUCUCGCGGUUACUGGGCCGGCGCGAGCGCGCGAGGCUCGGGGGCGGCACGGGGCGGGGUUUAGCCUGUGGUGGGAGCUGCCGGUGUUUGCAGGGCGUUGCUGUGCUCGCUGGACUAAGGUCGUCUCGGGUGAGGAGGUCGCGCCGGAAGUGGCUCUGGCUGUGGCACUUCGGCGUAGUAAGGAGCCUGCGACAGAGUUUUGUUGUUUAGGGGGCGCGGCACCGCACCGCUCCCUUCACCUUGCAGCAGCCAUGGCGAAAGGCAGAGUCCCCGAACGAUCGCAGAUGGGUGCUCACCACACGACCCCCGUGGGGGACGGGGCAGCGGGGACGCGGGGUCCCGCAGUGCCUGGCAGCGGAGACCACCAGAAGGAAAAGUCCUGGGCAGAAGCUGGAUCAGCAAGAAUGUCACUCCUUAUAUUGGUGUCCAUUUUCUUAUCUGCAGCUUUUGUUAUGUUUUUGGUAUAUAAAAAUUUUCCUCAGCUUAGUGAAGAAGAAAGAGUGAAUAUGAAGGUUCCCAGAGAUAUGGAUGAUGCCAAGGCUCUAGGAAAAGUUUUAUCCAAAUACAAGGACACCUUUUAUGUUCAAGUACUUGUAGCUUAUUUUGCUACAUAUAUUUUCUUGCAAACAUUCGCUAUUCCAGGCUCUAUAUUUCUCAGUAUACUCUCAGGGUUUCUUUAUCCCUUUCCACUAGCCUUAUUUCUUGUUUGUUUGUGUUCUGGACUUGGUGCCUCUUUCUGUUAUAUGCUUUCCUAUUUAGUUGGGAGACCAGUUGUAUACAAAUACCUAACAGAGAAAGCAGUAAAAUGGUCACAGCAGGUUGAACGUCAUAGAGAACAUCUCAUUAACUACAUUAUAUUUUUGAGAAUAACACCAUUUCUGCCUAAUUGGUUUAUUAAUAUCACAUCUCCUGUGAUAAAUGUGCCAUUGAAAGUUUUUUUUAUUGGUACUUUUCUAGGUGUCGCACCUCCUUCUUUUGUAGCCAUUAAGGCAGGAACAACACUGUAUCAACUUACAACAGCAGGAGAAGCUGUUUCCUGGAACUCAAUAUUUAUUCUGAUGAUCUUGGCUGUUCUUUCUAUUCUGCCAGCCAUCUUCCAAAAAAAACUAAAGCAGAAAUUUGAGUAAAAAUAAUCAUCUGAUUUUUAGUUUUGCUGUCAUUACCAUCUCAGGAUUAACAGGUGCAUCCAUUUAUGUUUUAAAAUCACCUCUUCAGUAAUUAAACAAGGAAUUUGUAAAAUAAAAUUUCCUAUCAGAUAGUUAAAGUAAUACAUUUAAGUGACAAGUGGAGAAGAAGGUAAAAAUGGAAAUUGGUAUACUGUGAAAAGUGCUAUCAAUAGUUAAGGUAGACAUCUUAGACAUCUUAUAAAUUAUUAUACCAAGGGUAGCUGUAGAUAAUAGUAGUGUGGUAGGAAAUUGUUGAUCCAGCUAAUUCAUUUAAUUUAAUUGAAUAUUUUUUAUCUUUAAUAACUAAAAUAGAUAUUUUUAAAUUCUAGAUUUUUUAAAGUAGUGUUGCAGGUUUUGUUAAUGUUAGGCUUUUUUCAGAGCAUAAACUGGAAAACUUAAAAAGAGAUUUACAUUUUUUUCCUCCUUUUUUUUUUUUUUUUUUUUUUUGAGACGCAGUCUAGCUCUGCUGCCCAGGCUGGAGUGCAGUGGCACGAUCUCUGCUGACUGCAAGCUCCACUUCCUGGGUUCACGCCAUUCUCCUGUCUCAGCCUUCCGAGUUGCUGAGACUACAGGCUUCUGCCACCACGCCCGGCUAAUUUUUUUGUGUUUUUAGUAGAGACGGGAUUUCACCGUGUUAGCCAGGAUGGUCUCGAUCUCCUGACCUCGUGAUCCACCUGCCUCGGCCUCCCAAAGUGCUGGGAUUACAGGCGUGAGCCACUGCGCCUGGACCAUUUUUUUCCUCUUUGGAGAUAAUGGAUUUGUUUGGAGAUUGCAUGUUAGUAGAUGACUGAAUAUGGAAAGGAUAUCAAAUUAUCUAUUUUGUUAAUUUUAUUUUUGUUUUUUAUCGUCUAGAUUUUUAUGGAUUAGUCUGAAAUUUAAGGUUCUGGCCAGUCUGUUUUCUUUUAUCUUGUAGUUUUUACAGUAUUUCCACUGUGCAUAUACAAAAUGGGUAUUACAUAACUGUAUCAUAUUUGGUAUUGAUAAUUUUUUUUUUUUUUUUUUUUUAAAAGAUGGAGUCUUGCUGUUGCCCAGGCUGGAGCGCGUGGCAUGAUCUCGGCUCACUACAAACUCCGCCUCCUGGGUACAAGUGAUUCUCCUGGCCCAGACUCCUGAGUAGCUGGGAUUACAGGUGUGUGCCACUACACCCAGCUAAUUUUUGUGUUUUUAGUAGAGACGGGGUUUCACCAUGUUGGCCGGGCUGGUCUUGAACUCCUGACCUCAGGCUAUAUGCCCACUUCCACCUCCCAAAGUGCUGGGAUUACAGGUGUGAGCCACCGUGCCUGGCCUGGUAUUGAUAAUUUAUAUUCAGAUAAUUUGUUACGGCUCUUUAAUAUCCCACAAGGGGCUCUAAAAAGCAAACACUCAAGAGUAUGUAGUUUUUAGACAUUAAGUUAAUUAUUUUAAACAGUGACAGCAAAACACAAGUGAUUAAAUAUAGUUUAUUUAUUCCAGUGACUAAAUUUUAUCUCAUUUAUGGGCCGGGCACGGUGGCUCACGCUUGUAAUCCCAGCACUUUGGGAGGCCGAGGCGGGCGAAUCACGAGGUCAGGAGAUCGAGACCACGGAGAAACCCCGUCUCUACUAAAAAUAUAAAAAAUUAGCCGGGCGUGGUGGCGGGCGCCUGUAGUCCCAGCUACUCGGAGAGGCUGAGGCAGGAGAAUGGCGUGGACCCGGGAGGCGGAGCUUGCAGUGAGCCGAGAUUGCGCCACUGAACUCCAGCCUGGGCGACAGAGCGAGACUCUGUCUCAAAAAAAAAAAAAAAAAAAAAAAUUUAUCUCAUUUAUUAAUCUGGUCAUUAAGGAAUAUAUGUAAUAAUAUGUAAUUAUUCUUUUUAUGCAUGAUACACCUAGAAAAAUGCCUUUUGUUUCUAUUGAUGGCUUUUUUGUUUGGAGCUGCUUUUGAUUACUUAUUGCAGUUUCCCAAUUUAGUCUUUACUUUAUCUAACUCACAAAGUAAAAUUAACUGACCACAUGGCAAAUACUAUAUUUAAAUAGUUCUGGAUAAAUGAAAGUGCUUUUUCCUGCUUGGUUAAUGGGUAAUGCCCCUGAUUCCUUGAUUGUAGGACAUAGCUGAUCUAAAGUACUCUGUCAGUUUUACCUUCACCCAUGACUGUCAUUAUGUUGAAAAGUACUUUAGCUAUGAGAAAUCCUUGUAUGUUUUUAUUAUGAGAGGUAUAGUCAUCCUCAAAGCCUGUUUUUAUUACAUGAUGUGGACUGAUUAUUUUUUCUAUCACAGUAUUAACAGAUGGAUUUUAUUGUAAAUACAAAGAAAAUAUAUUGAUUAUUGUAGUAUUCUUAUGUCACCUGGCCGUUUGUGUGAGAUUAUUUAUUAUUUCUAGCAAGGCUUUCUUCCUUUCUUAUUGCCCAGAGACUGAGUGAUAAAUCUUUUGUUAUUUUUACACAUAAAUUAAACAUAGCCUUUUUGGACAAAUUCACUAAAUAUUAAUGUAUAAAAUGUAAUUGAGUAAAUUUUUUUUUUUUUUUUUUUUUUUUUUUUUUUUUUAGACGGAGUCUUUCUCUGUCUCCCAGGCUGGAGUGCACUGGCACGAUCUCGGCUCACUGCAAGCUCCACCUCUCGGGUUCAUGCCAUUCUCCUGCCUCAGCCUCCUGAGUAGCUGGGAUUACAGGCGCCCGCCACCACGCCCAGCUAAUUUUUUUUUGUAUUUUUAGUAGAGACGGGGUUUCACCGUGUUAGCCAGGAUGGUCUCGAUCUCCUGACCUCGUGAUCCGCCCGCCUCGGCCUCCCAAAGUGCUGGGAUUACAGGCUUGAGCCACCGCGCCCGGCAAUUGAGUAAAUUUUUAUCAGAAUUUUAAAAAUAAAAGACCUUAGACUCAGUAGAACUCAGUAGAAGCUUCACUAUUUACUCCAGCGUGUGUGAAUUGUACUUACUCUAUUCUCAGAGUAUAUUUACUGUCCUUACCAUUGAUUCUUUCCCUUUGCUAUUUUUUUUGUUGUUGUUGUUAAUGGUAGCUGCGACUUUAGGUGGGGUAUAUUUUCUUCUCCUAAGAGAAUAGACAGUUUUUCCAGAUUCAUCAUCAUUGACUGUCAAGAAAGGACCCUUCAGCAGGCUGUACCCUCAAUGCAGUUGAUGGCCUGUCUUCAUGGAUUCACAGACUUGGCCUGAUGCCACAUGUAAAUCAAGCUUUGGCUUGAUAACUACAACCACAAGAAAACAAGCAUCUGUGGUGCGGAGGCAAGCAGGCUUACUAGAAGUUGACAUGCUAAGAAAGUGAAACUGUUCUUUCUUAGUUAAUGGUCUUUCUCUGGAGCUCUGUUACUUUGAAUAUAAUAUUUCCAUGACACUUAGUAAAUGCAAGCUAAAAUGUAAUAAUAAUAAUAAAUUGAAUUGGAGAAACCUAAA